GACUCUACAGUAGCUGCUGCGUCUCGGUGAACCGUUAAAUUACGAACUAAUUUGAGAUUUCCAUCGAACGCAGAAGAAGAAGAAGAUAGAGUACUCGGAACUAAUCCCUCCCCUCAAUUAGUUUGUUUGUUAUUUUAUUUUCCGUCGAUUGGCAGAGUGUGAACGUGACCCAAUUACCGACCGCGCACUGUUGUUAUCACACUUUUGUGUAAAUAAUUAGGGAAAAUUGGAGUGACGAAAAAAUGGACCACCAACCGGAGGAUGGUGGCAUUAGGUGAAAAAAUGCAUUCAAUGAUUUUCCGAUUCACCCUGCCGAGUAACCAUGAAGGCAUGAAAUUGAUGGGCUCACAAGUGACGGAGCUCGAAAUGUAAAUCAGUUCGCGGUGUCAAUUGAACCAAACCCAAAGAGGACAGUGCACAAACGAAGUGGAAAAAUGCACCCUCUCCGAUGGCUAAGGUGAAGUGAAGUGUAGUGAAGCAAAAGAUUUCUUGAAAAAGCGAAACGACUAUGGUGACAUACAACAUGGACGUGCACCCGCAGCGGAUGAGUCGGCCCCGGAGGGGGUCCAGCGUCUCGUCCGGCUUCCGGCUGCUGGAUGCCGAUCAGCUGGAGACCAUGUCCAGCGUGAGUCGGAACUCGAUCUGCAAACUGAGGAUCGAUGCGAUGUUCGACGAUACGAGAUCGAUCAUCAGCCAACGGAUCGAUGAUCGUAGCUCGUUGAACCUCGGAAUAGGGCCCGGGGGCCGCCGCCGAUCGUCAUCGAUCCAUGGCGCGGGAUCGAUCAGCGGCAUCAGCCGGAUCGGCGGGGCCAGCACCAUCAUCAACGACCGGGACAAUCUGGACAUCAGUGGAGUGGCAAACAAUCUGCGAGAUUUGCACAAUGCGGGUGGUGGGAGUGGAGGCAGUGGCGGUAGCCAUGCCAGCCGUCGAGGCAGCAAUGGCAACUGCGUCCAGGCGCAGAUCGAGCGAAUGUUCAACGACGUGGCCAAGGAACACGGUGGCCCCGGGAAGGACUCGGCCGCGGCAGCAACAGCAGCAGCAGCAUCACUGACCAAUGGGCAAACGUUUUCGGUGCGAUGCCUCGGCUCGCUGCCACUGAAGGAUAAGGUCACCAGCUUGGUGGGCCUGCAGGAGCCGCUGUGGCAGCUGUACCUGAGUGGUGCUGGACAUGGGAACCAAAACGCCGGCACACUGGACAUCAGCCCCAUUGGUCUGCGGAUAAAGAACUCGAAUGGGCGGGAACCAUUCCUUACGCCCUUUCAGAACAUCGCUGUUUGGUCCGCCGUGAAAUUCGUCGUGUCACCCUCCGAGGGUGGAGCUGCGUUCCUUCCACUGAUCACCGAUCCCGAGAACAUUGACAAACAAACGCUUUUCCGACCUCUCAGCAGUGCUGCGGAUAAGCGUCGACUGUCAUCCGGGCUCCACUCGCCACUGUUUGCAAUCGUGAUGCGCUCCAGCACGGUACCAAGGCAGCUGGAAUGCCAUGGGUUCGUCUGCCAAACUCCCGAGGAUGCUAUCGUCAUCGCUGCCACACUGUAUCAGAGCCUGAUGGCUCACAUGGGCAGUGGAGAGAACCAACGACCCCGAAGACCCAAGAACCGCAACGGAGUCAGCUGCAUGAGCAUUGCAAGCAGUGCUGCCACGACCAACAUCCAUCUACAACCGGGCUCAACGAAGCUAUCUUCCCGAAGGUCCAGCGCCAGCCAGCGAAGUCUGCUACCACCGCCGCCGAGACCUCCGCGGAAAACGAAACGCACAGCCACAAGUUCGCUGAGCGGGGAAAGUGACACCAUGACCGGAGCCAACGAAGAAUCAUCGACAGAAGAACGCAAAAAGCGAUCACCGAAGGGCAAACGACCACCUCCGCUACCGGCUAAUCCACCACGGGCAGUAUCCAAUCGGCCUUCACUGGAUGCGAUCUACACCGACCACAGUCACUCGAACGAUGACAACCAGUCCCUAUCGAAGGGUGGAGAGGGCAACUAUCCAGCCCUUUCAGAAAACUCGGCCGGUGACAUCCUGACCCGGGUGGCCAUCCCCCGAUCCGGCAGUUUCCUGAACACGGCCGGCCUAACACGGUACAAAUCACGAGCGACGCGACGGCACACCGGCAAGGUCGGCGGAGGAGGUGGCUCGCCGCUAGGCUUCAGCGAACUGUUCAACGAAUUUCGACUGCAGGAGGACCUGCACUCCAUGGACGAUAUUCUCAAUGCCAUAAUCAACUCGGACGGAAUGUCGUUCAACGAUUUGAAACCGAUCUACAAGGAGUUUCUGCUGAAGCUGGCCGUCACGUUGACCAAGGACGAGCUGUACCAGCGCUCGAAGAGCAUCAUGCGCCGGCAGAAGAAGAAAAAGUUGAAGCGGAAGAACAGCAACGUGCAGAGCCAACGCCGCAAGCUGCUGAUCGGCGCCAAGAGCCUGAAGAAGGUCUUUCGCUUUGGGAAAUUUCGGAACAAGAAGAAUCUCGGCCGAACCGCCAACGGAAGCCACGGCGAAUCCAACGCAAGUUUCAUCGAUGACGCCGACUCGACGGCGCCGUGCCGCGGACCGGUCCCGGUCGGAAAGUCCGGCAAACACACCGCCAACUCCGACCAACUAUCACUGGAUUUUAAGACGGCCGAUAAGAAGGAUCGAUCAAGAAUUGGAACAAGCGGUUCAGAGGUUUCAGAAGCUCGACAUGAGCAUACACUGACGGCGCACCACAAUCGGAACAGCUCCAGCGGAUACGUAUCCUGUUCGGAGUGCAGUUACGAUUCGGACGCCUGUACGUGUACUUCGGCGGAUCGGUGCUACUGCAGUCUAGGCGGUGAUGACAUCAACGCCAAGUUGAACGAAGCCAGCAACCGAAACUCGUUGCCGAGUUGCAAAAGUGAUGACAAAUGCUACUGCUCGAUGGGUGAAACACAAGGCGAAGAAGAAGGUUCAACGACCUGGUGCGAUACGGAUAGCUGCCUGAGCCAUGAAAAAUGCUACUGUCCCACCCGUCUGCAAGGGCAGGCUCAAAAGUGUGCCAACAAAUCGUCCGGUGGGAAAAAUGGCUCCGAUAAACUAGGCUUGGAUUAUGAACUGUUUACUGUCGGUGGUAAUGGACGCCCGGUAAAGGCUUCAGAUGCACUUAGCGUCAAGAAGUCGGUAGAAGUAGCAGCGGUCUUUUCUGAUGUCAAGUUGAGCCAAACGACCGAUAUCAAGAACCUGAAGAACGAACAGCACGAGCAAAAGAAGAAACACCAGCAACAUAAGGAGUCUUCGACCAAGAAGCAUGCUACCAAGAGCGACCACCAUGGUCACAAUCAUCAUCACACGCACAAUCAUAGCGGCAGCAACAGCAGUAGCAACAGCAAUCACAGACGACACGGUGAAGGUAAACUUGUAAAUAAACCUCCCCAUAAGCUGCUGAACAAGAAAGCCCUGGUAGAACCGAUCGCGCACAACGAGUACCACUACAUUCAAUCGUCCCAAGCGGACGUCUCGACGAGGAAGCAACUUGGCGAUAAGCGGUCGUCCAAGCGCACGUCCUCUACGAAAUCGGACAAUUUCUACCAAGCGAUGAGCUCCCGAGGUUCAGCGGUCGGUUCUUCGCUAGAGGACUCGCUAGGUUAUCUGCCGUAGGUUAUCCCGGGUUCCCGGCUGUUAGCUGUAGAUGGUUUUAUUUUUUAGAAAACGCUUCCGAUAUUCACACUCUGUAUUCAGAUGAAAAGAAUCUUUUUUCCUGACAGUAAACGGCAAUUUCUCUACGCGGGCGAAAGUGGCCAACUUUCGCCCGUUUCCAGUUUACUCUCAGUGAAGAAUAUGCUUUUGCUUAUAUUUUUUUCGUAGGUUAAGGAUCAAUACUUUUUGUUUCGGUUUUCAAUCACAGCAACAACACAAACGAACGAACGAAAGCAUUUAUUUUCUUCUCUAAUGAAUAUGAUGGACAAACUAUGAAAAAACAUUAAAACAACUGGUGGUAGAAGCGGUAGGCUUGUAAAUUUUAUUAUUCUGUAUAUUUACGACGCAGCUCGCGCACUUAAACUCACAAAAAAAACAGCCAACGAUGAUAACAGGACAAAUGGCGAAUCGCGCAGUAGGCGCUUGGUGAUUUCAUUAUACGGAGAAUGACGACGUGCGUCGGCGAUUAAGCAACGGACUACUCUCGAUGUGAGUGUAAUUAUGCGUAAUUGGACGCUUGCUAGAUCAAAAUUUAAGAUUUUAACUAACUGUGUGCAAUAGACAAGAAUUCUGAUUAAGGAUCGAUCCAAUUAAAGGGAAAGAUAGACGUACUGGAUCAUACACUGAUAUAAUUUUAGGAUAAGUUUGAUCAACUUUAACUUGAAUAAAGAAGGAACUAAACAGGAAGAUUUAGUUCCAGUUCAUGCCAGCAAUUUCAAACGGAAGAGUUAGUCAAGUGCAGAGGAGAGUUUGAGUUUGAACAUGGAUAGGAAUAGCGUGUUUUUGGCCAGGACGGUUGACGAAAACUAAC